UCUUGCCCCGUUCCUAGUGCACCAGCGCGCUGCUCAGAAGGCUGAUCGUCAUGAACCAUGUGUGUCUCUGCCGGUUGCGCUGGAUAUCUUAAGUAUCAUUUUGAGUGCAUUUCCACGGAUAAACGAGUCGCGUCCAAGGUCCGGGCUAUUGGAUAUCAGCCGAACUCGCUGUCUGUUGCACAGAAGGAAAUACCACGAGAGAGCUCCGCGUUUCGUUCCACGCUUGGAUGACAAAGACAUUGAUUUGAGUGGGAAAGUACGCGCCUGGACAACAAAAAAAUGGAAAAUGUACUCUUUGCUGCUUUAACUUUUUUGACAACUUUAGCCCUCUGUGAGGGCAGAGUCGUCAAGGUCCCUGACGGCCCCCUGGUGCGCGUGGAGGGCCAGGACGUGGCCAUCCUGUGCACCGUGUCCAACUAUGAGGGGCCGCGCGACCAGGACUUCGAGUGGAUAAUGGUGCAGGCGGGGACCAAGUACCAGAUCGUGUCCACGUUCGACAGCCGUUUCCCGGACGAUCUCUUCAAGGACCGCGUGGCCAGCGGCGCCAUCAGUAUCAAGAAGCUCAGCGACUCGUCGGCCGAGCUGCGCAUCAAGAAGGUGCGGGCCACGGACAGCGCCACCUACCAGUGCAGUACCCCCAGCACCGACACCACGACCAGCGGGAACUACGAGGCCGAUGUGGAGCUCAGAGUAAUCGGUGACAGCCUGACCGUGGUGCCCUCCAUCCCAAAGUUGGCCGUGUCAGAAGGCGAGCAGCUGGAACUCUACUGCAAUGCCACCAGGUCCUUCUCCGAGCACACCUCGCUGUCCGUCACCUGGUCCCUGAAGAAAAACGACGUCUUGACCUUCGGGCCGGACGACAAGGUCACGGUGGGAGAUAACUACGCCCAGCGCUACGUGGACGGAGGCCUGCGUCUGGACCUGCGCGGGGGCGGGCUGUACGGGCUGGCGGUACUGGGGGCGCGGCCGGAGGACCAGGGGAAGUACGUGUGCACGGCCCGGGAGUGGGUGAGGCAGGCGGACGGCUCCCUGACCAAGAUCCUGGAGAAGAGUGAAGACAUGGGGAAGGUCACCGUCACACCAACAGCCCAGUCUAUGGCAGUUACCGUGGCAAAGAACACAACCCUAAACAUGGAGGACACCCUCAACCUCACCUGCUCUGUUGCCGCCGGCAACACCGCCCCCCUGGCUUUGGAGGUCGAGUGGCUAAAGUCUGACGGUUCUGACGCUCCGCAAGUUCUGAUCCGCAUGGACCGGGACGGCACCGUGACUGGCGGCUCGACCCAGCUGGGGAUGUUCCGGGUCACGACGAGGGAGUUCCAGCUCAUCUUGCAGAAGGUGGAGCGGUCCAACUCUGGCCAGUACUCGUGCCGUGUCCGGGCCUGGCUUCCCCAGGGCAGCAGCUCCAAAUGGUACCAGGCGGCCGAGGUGACGUCCCAACCGGUCCAGGUUCUGGUGACUCAGCUCGAGCCUGAGUUCACCGUCUCCCUCAGUGCUGCCACCGCCCCCCAGUUCACCUACGACCCCACAGAGCUCCACUGUGCGGUCUCCGACAUCCUCAACUUGCGUGACGACGCACGCCUGGGGGUCACCUGGACUUACCAAGACGAUACACCCGGAGACGUGUCCUCCGGCCUGGAAACCAUUGCCACGCUGAAUGAGCAAGGGACCCUGGUGCCUGGCUCGGCCUACGAGAAGAGGCUGAAGUCUGGGGACAUUGCGCUGAGCCGGGGGGAGUCCAACGUGUUCAAGAUGAGGCUGGUGCGCACCCGGACCCAGGACAUGGGGGCGUAUUCGUGCAGCGUGGUUGCCUGGAGCCCCUCUAGGCAAGGGGGCUGGGAGAAGGCCAAGGAAACCCCAUCUGCACAGGUCCCCAUCCGCUGGAGCCCCAAGACUCCGGUUGUAAGUGUGGUGGCCCACCGUGUUCGAGAGGCCUCCAGCGCUGGCUCCACCUUCGAGAUGAGCUGCCAGGUGACGGGCCAGAACCUGCAGAACCCCGGCUACUCUGUCCUGGUCCGCACGGAGGAGAAGGCCGGCGCCGCGUCCCGAAAGGUCCUCUCCCUGAGCCCUGACUCUGUUCUGCAGCUGGAGGAGUGGACGGAACCGGGCCGCGUGGACAGCGUGGCUCUGGAGAAGACCGGCCCGCUGGAGUACCGGUUCCGCCUGUACGGGGCCCAGCUGAGCGACCGCGGGUUCUACUACUGCGACGUGACCGCUUUUACCCGGGAACAGGGAGGCGGUGCUACUGGUUCUGAUGCUGGAGCUGGUACCGGGUCGGCUGGAGGAACGGACUGGAGCCGGGUGGUCAGCGGCGAGUCCAACAAGAUCCAGAUUGCCUUUGAGGACACAGGUCCAGUAUUCAAUGUGUCCAUUCAUUCUGAGAAGCACAGUGUGGCUCCAGGAGAGACCGCUAAACUACAGUGCAUCAUCGAGGUCCAAGGAGCCUCUCCCAACAGAGGUGACGUGUCAUUCGAGGUGCAGUGGUUCCACUCCGGCUUCCACGGCGCGCAGAACGGAGGGGCGGAGCCUCUCAUCAGCAUGGACCGCUGGGGAUUGGUGAGGAAGAACCCGGCGGCCUCGUCCUCGGCCAAUCAGACCGCAGGAUCAACUCCGGCGCCGGACUGCAGCUUGGAGAGGAGCGACGCCCACACCUACACGCUGAGCGUGCACGGGGCGCGGAGCUCGGACGCAGGGGAGUACCACUGCAUCGCCACUCCCUGGCUGCUGGCACCCGCCUCUGGGUCGUGGACCCAGGGCACACAGCUCACCUCGCCCCCCGCAUACGUCUCCAUACGACUGGCAUUGUGGGAGUCGGUGCGUCUGCCCCUGCUGUACGGGGUGGCUGCGGCCUGCGGAGUGGGCCUGAUCUCCAUCUUGCUGGGCCUGAUGUGCGCCCAGUGCUGUUGCCGUAACAACCUGCACACGCCCCGCUCCGGCAACAAGCUAAUGGACAUGGAGAUGGAUUGACUAACCGCCCCGCCCUUCCCGCCACUGCGCCGCGCCUUCCCCGGACGCGGGCCGGACUCGGGCCGAGACCGGCACCACCGCGACAGAGACCGGGAGCGGGACGACCUCAAUGGCGGCUUUCCCCCGUUCACCCCACUGUCCACUGACUCACUCCCUUCAAUGUGAUACACAACCUUGAGGAGGGGUGGGAAGGGAGGAGGAGGAUGUUUUUCUCUUGAAAGAUACUGUGACGUGUUACUGUAGCCACAUACAGUGCACUGACAUAUACACACUGACAGACAUGUGCCAUUCACACAAAUACAUAUACACACACACACACGUACCUGCUCGGGCACACCAGUAUCACACACACACACACACACACACACACACACACACACACACACACACACACACACACACACACACACACACACACACACACACACACACACACACACACACACACACAAAGAGAGAAACAUCCUAUUGGACAGAGCUGUAUUGUCAUAAAGGGGCACAGAUGUGUGUGUUGCAGGAAGAUUGGAGUCCUCCUGGAGCGCCUACUAUCAUAAAGCCUCAAUGACAUGCCACACAGUGGGGGAGAAGAGGGGGAUCGUAGGAAGGGCGGGAUAGUCACCGUUUUUAUGAUGCAAAAGUAUAUUUUAUAUGAGCGUUCUCUGAAGAGGUUUAUCGCGAAAAGACUUUGCUUCAAGGACACAAAAGUAUUUUAUUGUUGACUGUGUGUGUGUGUGUGUGUGUGUGUGUGUGUGUGUGUGUGUGUGUGUGUGUGUGUGUGUGUGUGUGUGUGUGUGUGUGUGUGAGUGUGUGAGUGUGUGAGUGUGUGUGUGUGUGUGUGUGUGUGUAUGUGCGUGUGUGUGUGUGUCAAUCUUGUGGGUCAUUCCCUUCCUGUAAAGGCCAUUGUUAUGCUCAUUUGAGGUUGAACUGAACCAUGAUAUGCACUUCUCUCAGGAAACCACACCAGCCGUGGUAUCGUGAGUGAGAAAAAACACACACACACACACACACCAACCACAAUACAACACACA